GAAAAACCAAACUAGAAAAAAAGCAUAAAAAAUUAAAAAAUGAUCACAAAUCAACCAUCAGCCAUCUUCAACGUAUUUUAUAUAAUUAUUAGUAAACUUAAUGCUCUUCCUUUUCCUUCCUUCUUUUUCCUUCUCAUUUCCUCGUUAAUGGCGGAUGCACGCAAUUCCUUCUUAUAAUAAUAAUUUCCCGAAACCCCUUUGGACUUUCCUCUUCAAACCUCCAGAACCCACUUCCUAAAUCUUUCUAUCUCUUUGUUUUUCUGGGUUUUUCUUUUUCUGUGUUGAAAUGGUUCAGCCGCCACUGAAGCAGCUUGCGACCAUCUGCACAUCGAGACCUGCUCCAUUACCGACCUUCUUCUUUGUCAUCAUCAUCUGUGUUUUGGGUUUUUACGCAUUUCAUUUUUCGAGCUCGUCGUCGUUCUCUGUAACUUCAAGUCCGAGAAAUUCUGUUCGGUUUCAGCAGCUUCUUCUUUCAUCGGGGUCGAACUACACCGUCGCGUCGUAUCUCCGGUCCCUUACUCUUCAUCCUCAUCUCGCCGGAACGGAACCCUCGUCGGAAACAGUGCGGUACGUCGAGUCUCACUUCCGGGACCUUGGGCUUGAAACGCAUUCGAUUCAGUAUGAUGCUCUGCUUUCUUACCCAAAAUCCACUUCUCUGUCGGUUCUAUUCUCGAAUGGAAGCGUUGUUAAUAUUCCGCUAUCGGAAAAUGUUGAGGGGGUAGUUCAACCCUACCAUGCUUAUUCGCCGUCCGGUACGGUGUACGGCCCGGCGGUGUUCGUGAACUAUGGUCGGGACGAGGACUACCGGGAGUUGGCAAAGAUGGGCGUCACCGUUGUGGGAUGCAUUGCGGUUGCGAGGAAAGGGGAAUUUCCCAGGGGGGUGGUGGUGGCGAAGGCGGAGGCUAAUGGGGCAAAAGGGGUUCUAUUAUAUACUGAGGGCGACAGAUUUAGACAGGGCUUUGAGAGAGGGACGGUGAUGAGGGGAAUUGGGGACCCGCUCAGUCCUGGUUGGGCAGCCGUUGAUGGAGCUGAGAGGUUGAAUUUGAACGACAGUGAAGUUUUAAAAAGGUUCCCCAAAAUUCCGUCUAUGCCUUUGUCGGCUGAGUCUGCUGAGAUCAUUCUGAAUUCACUCGACACUGCUUCCGUACCGCCGGAGUGGCGGGACAAGAAAGCAAAUCUUAGGUCCGCGGCGGUGGGGCCUGGUGGUCCGAUUUUUAUCAACUUCACUUACCAGGGGGAGAGGAAAGUGGCAACAAUUCGUAAUGUCAUAGCUGUCAUAAAGGGGUUGGAAGAGCCUGAUCGCUUUGUGCUUAUGGGAAAUCAUAGAGAUGCAUGGAGUUUUGGUGCUGUUGAUCCGAACAGUGGAACUGCAGCCUUACUUGACAUUGCACGUCGUUUUGCUCUUUUGAGAAAGUUGGGGUGGAACCCUCGAAGAACAAUUCUUCUUUGUAGUUGGGAUGCUGAAGAAUUUGGUAUGAUAGGAUCUACUGAGUGGGUUGAGCAAAAUAUUGUGAAUCUUGGAACCAAAGCUGUGGCCUACCUUAAUGUAGAUUGUGCAGUUCAGGGACCAGGGUUCUUUGCUGGUGCAACUCCUCAGCUAGAUGAUCUCCUCCAUGAUGUUACUGCUCAGGUCCAAGAUCCUGAUGUGAAAGGUGCAACUGUGCAUGACACAUGGACAGCUGAAAAUGGAAUUGGGAAUAUUGAAAGACUAGGUGCGGUGAAUUCUGAUUUUGCUGCAUUUGUGCAACAUGCAGGAGUUCCGUCUGUUGAUGUGUAUUAUGGAAGAGAUUUUCCUGUCUAUCAUACUGCCUUCGACACCUAUGAUUGGAUGGCAAAUUAUGGAGACCCAUUGUUUCAUCGACAUGUGACUGUUGGUAGCAUUUGGGGACUGCUAGCCCUUCGGCUUUCUGACGAUUUAAUUCUCCCUUUCAGUUACGUCUCUUAUGCGAACCAAUUACAGGCAUAUAAAGACACACUGAACCAUCUUUUAGAUGGGAGCGUAUCGUUGCGUACAUUAUCAACAUCCAUCGAAGAACUCAAAUCCGCUGCCCAAGAAAUUGAGAAUGAAGCAAAGAGAUUGAGAGAGCAAGAAACUUCUAGUGAUGUGGCAUUGUUUCAAAAGCGAGCAUUAAAUGAUCGUUUGAUGCUUGCAGAAAGAGGCUUCUUAGAUGUAGAUGGGCUUCGGGGUCGUCCGUGGUUCAAGCAUCUUGUUUAUGGGCCUCCGAGCGACUACGAAAGUGCCCUGGUUUACUUCCCAGGUAUUGCAGACGCAGUUUCCGAAUCCAAGGAAAUGAACAAAAUGGGAUUGGAGGAGCUAAUUCAGCAUGAGAUUUGGAGAGUGGCUAGAGCCAUUGGAAGGGCUGCUGCAGCACUUAAAGGUGAACUCUCGUGAAAGAAAGAUAAGGCACCUAAAAUUUUACAGUAUCUAGAAAUUUGCACAUGGGGAAUGAGGACGACAAUCACACGUUGUUGUAAGUUGUUUAUGAUCACUCGGUUUCUUGUCGUUGUAUGAGCUCACCCUCAUAGUAAAUACUUAUGCAAGGAUGGAUGAAAUUAUAACUACAUCUAAGCAAAGAUCAUUUCCUUGAAUCUUAACUAAUUGUACUGUUUUGUGAACUGGCUAUAUAUUGGUCUGUUUGUUCAAAAGUAGGUUUUAUUUUAGAUCUUAAGAGAGAGAGCUGCAGCUCUGUUGAACUGACUGGGUUAUCUUGUGUUAGCCUUGGGGUUCUUUUAUGAAGAUAAAUUACAAAUUGCGACGGUCUACCUUGAGUUUUAUUA